CACUUAAAAAUCAGUAAUGUUUAAGUUAAAUCUUAUCUAUUCGACCUAAUUUUAUCAACAUUUAUGCCAUUCAUCAUCCGACAAUCUUAGUACGACAGGUAAAGAAAUGUGGUUACCAGUGUUAUCUUGUCUCGCUGCACUUAUUGUUAGCGCAUCAUCGUUAGAUUACAGUCACUGCUUUAACUAUCAUUCAUAUAACGUCCUUUACAAUCUUACGAGGCACAACACGUGCUUGGACGUAAAGAAAACGUUCUAUCUCCUUCGUGACUUACCAGGAGGAGACGAUGACCGACCUUCAUGUAGGAUGCACGUUAUACGUGUUCUAGCUGGUCACUUUGGAUCUUAUGCAAACACGCCACAUAACUGCAUUUGUGACGGUAAACUUGAUUUAGUGCACUACUAUACAGAUGUGCAUGAUGGUACCUUUGAUCGUCAUGAUGAAUGUAUCAAGAAUCAUCACUCGUACGAAACAUUGUACAACCACUUCUUUGAGUCAUCCCAUCACCAUUCAGGCCAUUGCAGGACACAUGAUUCUGUUUGGUAUACCCUCAACAAGAUAAAUCGUGACGGAAAUGACCAUGAUAAAUGUCAACGAGAAUUUAUACUUCAUCUUAGUUACUCUUUUGAGCAUCACCAUGAUCACUGUAGCUGCAGGGAGCGCUCUACCCCUUCAACACACCCGACGAAAAACCCUUCCACACAUCCAGUGACACGCCCUACAACGCAACCAACGACACGCCCUACAACGCAACCAACGACACGCCCUUCAACGCAUCCAACGACACGCCCUACAACGCAACCAACAACACGACCUACAACACACCCAACGACACGCCCUACAACACACCCAACGACACGACGUACAACACACACAACGACACAUCCAACAACACAACCAGACAGACAUCAUCCGUAUCAUGAUGUAGUUUGUCUAAAGUUUGACAGUUUUAUAAAACUUGUUCAGAUAGGAGCAGAAAAUACCUGUAUGAGUGCAAAUUCAGUAUGGCACUAUCUAGAUGACCUUCAAGUCAAAGACCCUGAAUGCAGAAGGAUUGUACAACAAUAUUUGGCAGAAAAAUACAAACACAAUAGCUCAAGUUUGAAAGAAAGGGGUAUAUGUACUUGCCACGAACGAACACAGCUUGUCGAUCACAGAAUCCAUCACUUGAGAAAUGGUAGCAUUGGUGCAUGCUCUAAAACUAAUGGAACAUAUUCAAAUAUUGUAACAGAACAUUUCACACACAUUCACGAAUACGGAUGCCAAAAUCAUGAUAUCUUAUGGACAAAACUUGAAGGAGUUAAUAACCAUUGUUCUUUUCACAACGAGGGUUCUUGUGAUAGAUGGACGGACUGUCAACAGGACCUUAUAAUCAGGGCUGCUCUUCAGUAUCCAACAGAUGAUUCCGACAGCUGUGUUUGUUCGAAAGCACACGCGACAACAACUUCAUCGUCAAACACUUUUAUUUCGUCUUCAUCUGUGACGUCAUCAACAGCAACAACAACUCAACGAGUGACUCCAACAAUUCAGUUUGGUUGUGACAAAAUCAAAGUGAUAGAAAGCCUUGCAGGCUCGUUAGAAUCAAAACAUGUGAAUUCCAGCAAUUGCAUUCCAAAUACGGGAAGUUCUGAUGACGCAAUUAUUCUCUCCUGGUGUAAUAUGCCGCCACCAAAAUCGUGGAGAAAAGGCGCAAAUGUUAUGGAUGACUGUGAAUCAGGUUCACCAGUUAUACCAACAUAUACGCCAAUAGCAUCAUUUGACAGUGAUGUUUAUACGGCCCUUGGAGCACAAUCUGGUAUUUUCCUCGGCUGUUUCAAUAGUGGUAUAAAAAUGGUGGUUCAAAAUUGUAAUGGUGUACCAGAAAUUGUUCACGUCGAACAUGGCUCAUUCCAAUAUAAUCCAAGAAAUUAUUAUGUAAUUGUUACAAAUUAGUAAAAUAUGAUUGUUUGUUUCUUUGUGGCUUUACUUUUAUCCUUCUCCUGUAUGAAUGCAAUGUAAUUUCAUUUGA